UUCACCAUUCACGGUGGUAGUGAGGCCUAGGCCGGAGCCAUGGAGCACGCUUUCCCAGCGGCCAGCUUCCUGUACUGGGUGGGCGCGAGCACCGUGGCCUACCUGACCCUGCGCGCCUCGUACUCGCUCUUCAGGGCCUUCCAGGUGUGGUGCUUGGGCAACGAGGCCUGGGUCGGCCCGCUGCUCGGAGAAUGGGCAGUUAUUACAGGUGGCACUGAUGGAAUUGGAAAAUCAUAUGCAGAAGAGUUAGCAAAGCGUGGAAUGAAGAUUGUCCUGAUCAGCAGGUCCCAGGAUAAACUGAACCAGGUUUCCAGCGAGAUCAAAGAAAAAUUCAAAGUGGAAACAAGGACCAUCGCUGUUGACUUUACAUUGGAUGAUAUUUAUGAUAAAAUUAAGACAGGCCUGGCUGGUCUUGAAAUUGGCAUUUUAGUGAACAAUGUGGGGAUGUCAUACGAGUAUCCAGAAUACUUUUUGGAAGUUCCUGACUUGGACAAUACCAUCAAGAAACUGAUAAAUAUUAAUGUUCUUUCUGUUUGCAAGGUGACACGCUUGGUGCUGCCUGGCAUGGUAGAAAGGUCUAAAGGGGUGAUUGUCAACAUCUCAUCUGCCACUGGCUUGCUCCCAAUUCCACUCUUGACCGUCUACUCUGCAACCAAGGCUUUUGUAGAUUUCUUCUCUCAGUGCCUCCAUGAGGAGUAUAAGAGCAAGGGCAUCUUUGUGCAGAGUGUCCUGCCAUACUUUGUAGCUACAAAACUUGCAAAAAUACGGAGGCCAACUUUGGAUAAGCCCUCUCCAGAGACAUUUGUGAAGUCUGCAAUUAAAACAGUGGGUUUGCAGUCCCGAACCACUGGAUAUGUGGUCCAUGCUCUCAUGGGUUCAAUAAACUCAAUCUUGCCUCGUUGGAUUUAUUUUAAAAUAACUAUGGGUUUCAACAAGUCCUUGCGGAAUCACUAUCUGAAGAAAACUAAGAAGAACUAAGUGUUGAUGAGUCGUUGAACCGCUUGACCAGUUUCUUGGACCUGUACAUGUUCAUCCAGGGCACCUGAUGCUUGGGCCUGUACAUGUUGACCCAGGGCACCUACCUGUCCCCAGAGUCUCCACUGUUCUCUCAGUAAUUACUAACAUGGCUGAAUGUUGGCAUAAUUAUAGAAAAAUUAACUCCUUUUAAUGGCUUCUAAAAUAUAUUCUGGAUAUAACCAGGUGUAAUUUGAAGUUUAAUGUAAGUGUUCUUGCCAAAUGUAUGAGAACACUUUGACAGAAAGGAACAAAUCCCCAGAAUGACAGAAGUAAACAUUGAAUCCAUCUGGCCCAGAAUGCCAGUGAUUACCAUCUAUAUUGUCUGGACCCUACUAUCAAGUGUAAUGGCUAGCUACUUUUUUGUUGUUUAACAUUAGAGGGAACAGGGCUUAGUUGAUUUUUUUAUGGAUAGACACAAUGCAUUUUACAUAGAUUAAGGUUUUCUAAAUGUAUGUUCCAGCUCAUGUGUUUAUAUGGAACUAUGCUUCUCAAAAGUAGCUAAUGACAUAAAGAGAAUCGAAAUACAGAGUUCUUUCUGACACACAACUCCACAAAUGUUAUCCCUUCUAUGUUCAAAUGUAUGUAAAUACUGAAUGCUAUAUAGUGGGAUUGAAAUGUAAAGGCAAGUGGGCCAAGAUGUACAUCAAGACCAACAACAUCCUGUGGUACCACUGGACCCAGGAAAGCAGCCUGCUUGGACACCCAGCUUUCUAUAUGAAUGUGUUGCAUCCAUACUACUCGUCUGUAAUGACAGACUCCUUCUGUGGUAGGGAUGGGUCAUGGAAAUAGCAUUGUUCUACGUUGGUGUCCCAUUAGAAUUCAUAAUAAAAAAUGAUGCAACCAUG